UACUCUCUGGAACAACCCGGCGUACUUCACUCCUGAGAUGGUCAAAGGCGCAAUGGACAACUGGCUCGACGUCAACAUACAGUGUGAGAAGUAUAUCUCUAUAGUUGCGGGUAGAAACAUGUCAUAUGCAAAAUUAUACACACCGACGCCGACGGAUGGCGAUGAAGCACCCCCUGCAUACGAGGUGGCCAUUCUGCCCGGCUACGAAGCAGUUCUAGGUCAAAAAUUGAGUCCGGAAGAUCGUGUAGGGAGGUACAAAGCUGUAGUGAAAGCGGUUGAUGUCAAUCGACUUCUUCCUGCACUGUCCCCUCCCGACUUCAUUCUCGAAGUAAAGCGGUCUCAACUCGAGAGUGCUGCAAACAACUACAAAUCUGUGUCCAGUUAUAUCAGUGGCUUGUACAGUGACUCUGCUAAUGAUGCAGAUAGACUUGCCUCUACUAUUACUACCAAGUUGAUCCCUGCGUUGAACACAGCUAUUCAGUUCUACAUCAACUUUGCAGAUGGUCAGGAAAACCCUUUUGCGAACGGCACAUCGCAAUCCGCAAUGGAAUCUCUCAUCACCCAACGCUGGAAGCAGCUCAAGGAGGGUAGCGAACUUGCCAAAACUGCAGAGACCGUCUUCAUCAACUUCCGUAAUGACUCACAGUCUGCACUCAACACGCUCACCCGCCACAUGAAUGAGCUAAACCAGUCGCUUGCUUCCAAAGAGGCGGCACUACGCGAUCUACAGGCACAAUAUAAUGAGUGGAGCUGGCUUCUCUUUUGGCCGUUUCCACCCGGCCUGGGCGCAAUCAUCUAUGCGAUUAUAGACGCCAUCACGCAGACCACCAAAGAACUGCGUAAUAUCAGGAAUGACAUUAGCAGGCUAAACAGCGCUCGAGCCUAUGUUGAUGCCGCCCGAAAGAUAUCCGAGGAUACUGGUCGUACAACUAGCGCACUUAGUCAAAGCUGGUCUCAAUUGACCACCAAGACUCAAGAAUUGGAGACUCUCGCAUACACAGUGGUCAUCACUCCUGAAAUCGAAGCGGCUAUUCGUCCGAUAGUGCAAGUCAAAUGGCAGGCUUUCCGCAGUGAGUUAAGUGGGUGGUGAAUGGCUUAACAACUCGUCUUCAAUCUAGUCAUCUGGCCUCGAAUUUUGUUGAUUUUGUACUUGUAUACCGACUGACUAGCCGUAUGUUCUACCGUUACAUCUGAUGAAACCGUUCCUGUACUUGUUGUGGUAAAGAGCAGAGAUCUUAUGUACCAUUGAAAUUAACUGAUUUUCUGCCAAUAAGCAAUCCAGAAAUGCGAGAAGUCUAUAAAGCCUAACUGACGAGAUUCGGGCGCAGGUCAUUCCCAGAAGUCAGUACCAACACAAUAUGAUUGUAUUCUGUCAGAGCACAAUAUAAUUCUCCGAUGGGUGCGCCAUGCUGUGGAAUGGUGUGAACAGAUUGAAUCGGAUAGUCGGAUACUAGUAGCGGCGUAGAUGUAAGUAUAGACAUAAUGAUGAAUGAAACGCACCGAAAUUCUCAACCGGAGCUAUUAAGUGACUUGUGGGCGAUCGUGUCGGUCGGAGGCACCGUCGAUCAUCUUCGUUGGAAGACGAAAGAGAUAAGUAUAGAGCCUCAUCAUGAUAAAUGGAAGCCUUGG